GUUUUGUUUCCACGCCAUAUUUGUUAGCCGGCGGAAAUCUAGAGGCGUCGGACCGCGAUUGUUGGCACAAUCCGUCAUCAUCUGCGUUUUCAUGUAGAUUAUCGACGCCUCGUCCACGUUCUUUCGUGUGUUUAAACGUUUAUUAUUUCCUAGCGGAUGUUUUGCGUGGAAGGUCGACGCAGGAUUUGAAUAAAACGAAGCGAUCAAGUCGAGUUCCCUAGAGAUCGGAACAGGACCGUCGCUAGCAGGAGGCUCGGGCUGUGUGUGUGGGUUUUUUUCGCGGAUUGCUAACUCAAACUUUCUAGGCUUCAGAUAAAAUGGCAUGCGGAGCCACUCUGAAACGGACUCUGGAUUUUGAUCCUCUUAUGAACCCGGCGUCUCCGAAGAGGAGGAGAUGUGCGCCUAUGUCCCCUUCCACCUCCAGCGGAUCUCCGCAGAAAUACCUGCGCAUGGAGCCGUCGCCCUUCGGCGCAGUGUCUUCAGUCCUUACCACAGAGCAAAUCCUGAGUAACAUCAAGCAGGAGUACAAGCGCAUGCAGAAGAGAAGACAUCUGGAGAGCAGUUUCCAGCCGACAGACACCUGCUGCCCCAUCGAUUCCCAGCCACAAACCUCCAUCAGCAACACAAUACCAGGUUCUUCUGGAUCGGCGUCUCCCUCCAGGCGGGAGCAGCCGUUAUUCACGCUGAAGCAGGUGGGAAUGAUCUGCGAGCGUCUGCUGAAGGAGCGUGAGGAGAAGGUCCGAGAGGAGUAUGACGAGAUCUUGACCACCAAACUUGCAGAACAAUAUGAUGCAUUCGUGAAGUUCACUCAUGACCAGCUGAUGAGGAGAUUCGGGGAGCAGCCCGCAAGCUAUGUGUCCUGAAUUUGCCGUAACAUCAGACGUUCUCCUCUUCUGUGGAUCUGUGACUGGGAGCUCGUGACGGGUCAGAUCGGGUCCAGCUGGUUCUCCAGCGCCGGGCACAGAGCGUGUGUGAUAAACUCUCUCUCUCUCUCUCUCUUCUCUUCAGAAGCUCAGUACUUCCUGCCAUCCAUGCCCAUAUAUGGACCUUUGCAAACUAUUAUUCAAAUCAGUGUCUCUCUUAUUGAACUCUGGAUAUUUAUUUGGCUUUAUCAAUGCCUUUUAUACAGUGACCUGUCAUUUCAUCCCGUUUGGUUUUUGUAAGAUGUCUUUUCCCAGCAGAGGAUCUCGAAUGAUGAACGUUAUGAGGGUUUGAAUUUUGAGACGGUCGGUCAUAGCUUCGUGUAAAUACAUCCCUUGAUUCAGUUUUCAUGUACAAAUCAUAUACAGCGUUUAUUCUCAAGUCUGUGUUUAUGGUUUGUAUUUAUUUUGAUUCUAUUUUUUUGCCCUUUUUCCCUGCAUUAUGGUUUUACUGCUCAUAUAGUUUAAGUGACUUUGUUGGGAAAAAUAUACAAAUAAACUGUUUACAAAACA